AUGUCAUUGCCAUCGGUGACCAAACCAGGUCCCAGGAAGACCCGGGCCAAGAUUCCCUACUCGUGCACCAUAUGCCGAAAGCGGAAAAUCAAAUGUGACAAGCAAAAGCCUCACUGUGGCCACUGUGUUUCUAACCAGGUUACACAUCUAUGCCAUUACGAGACCCAACCAUGGACCAAGAUUCCCCCGGGAGCUCAGUUACUUAACAAAUCUGAAAAGAGCGAGCUAGAAAGGUUGAAGUUGACUGUACUUUCUUUGGAAGCUACUAUUCGUGAAAAGGACUCAACAAUACUGAAACUAGAGUCACUGGGACCUCUUAUCACGCCAGCUUCGUCUACAGACGGAGGAGUGGUACAGUCACUAUCGGCCAAAAUUCACUUUGAUGCGGAUUUAAAGUAUACUACAGUAAAGGAUUCAAAGAUUCUUCAAUUCGGCCCAACUUCUUACAUGUUUCUCCUCUUGAAUAAUUCCGCUUCCGUGGUGGUAUUCAACGACUACUUACAAAGCCAAGCCUCCAAGUUCAACAAUACAAAGAUAUCUUUAGAAAAUCAGCUUUCUUUACCAGACAACGAAUUGGAGAUUCCCUUACUGAACUCCAUUAGGAAACAAGGGAUACAAGUGGAACCUCCUAUUUUACCUUCCCUACCAAUUAUCAAGCUUUUAGUCUACAGGUUCUUUGAAGUAUGUUAUCCAUUCGUUCCAUUUGUGGAUGAAAAGAAUUUUAUGAAUGAAAUAAGUGCAAUCUUCAGGUCAAAAAGCAGCUUGGAUGCCAGUGAUAUACGUGACAAAAGGUUCUUUGUUGCCAUUUUAUUGAUCAUACUCCGCUUUGCAUUUUUGACUGUGCCAUUUCAGUCAUACUAUGAUAAAGCAUUAUUUGGGCAAGAAUACGAUAUGGUCCAUCAAAUAAUUUCCUCCGGUACUAACAUUCCCUCAACAUUCGUUGAAUAUGCCAAACAGCUAUUGAUAACUCCCGAAAUUAUCCAGCGGCUUACAUUUAGGAAUUUCCAGGCAUUACUUUUGUUAUUGAUGUAUCGAAUAUAUUGUCCAGAAGAUGACGACUCAAAGGUUGAUAUCCCUGUGUUACUUUCUACUACAAUUGAAAUGAGCAGAAAUCUAUCACUAAAUAUUGAUCCAACAAACCUAGACCAGAUAACAUAUUCAAAUGAUGAUAUUCAACUAUGGAGAAAGACGUGGGCGAUAUUAUUACAUUUUGAUUCUUCCCGAGCCUUCAGCCUGGGUAUGUCCUUAUUAGUACAGGAUGAGGAGAUUAAAACUAAAUCUCCAUUCGAUGAACUACAAAGUGACAUUUUUUGGCUCUCAAAUUCAGAUUAUAAAUUAAGACAUAGCUUUGAGACCAUGAUGGAAUGCACUAAUAUCUUGAGAAAAACGGGAAUAUUGCUACGAAAUCGAGAGAGAGGAGUGGAAACUUUUGAGAUUGACAAGUUGAUCCUAGAUUUUCAUCGCAUCCUUGUUGCUAUCCAGUCUUAUUCACAAAAACAGCGUAUUUCUCAAGGUGCUAUAAGGGAUCCUCAUUUAGCUCAAAACUAUAUGCUACAAAUGAGUGUGUUGGAGAACUUGUUUGUUCUCAAUUUCAUGGUGUAUAUUACAAUCGAUCAUGAUUUAAGGUUCAAAUAUUUGUGUCAGGCUGUGGAGCUAGGAUUUAUAAUUUUCAAGGAGAGUUUUACAUUUGCUGAAAAUCCAGGAUCUAUUAUUUCUCCAAGCUUUGAAAAUCUAAUUGCUCCAAAGAUGUGGACUCCAGUAAGAACAGUAAUUGUUGCGUUGAGUGGAGUACUUAAUCAGGCUUUAAAAGGUGAGUUAUCUAUCAUCCAUGUAUGUAAAAAUUUCAACAAAUCGGAAGAGAAUAAGGUGGUAAAUUGGUUCAUUGUUAAAGGGGACGAAGCAAGAACACUUGAAAAAAUUCUACAAAAAUUUGAAGAGUUGUAUCAGUUAACAAAAAAGUUAUCAGUGAAGUUUUUCCACUGCUAUCGGUUGUGCUACACAUUGAAGAUCGUCUUAGACUAUUUCAGAAAGAACUAUCGGCCUGCUUUUGAGGACACGGACUUGGAUAACCUGAGCUUAGCACCCAGAACCCUAAAUAGAAUGGAAAAUUACUGGAGUGAUGAAAAGCAAGCCCAUGAAUUAAAUUAUGAUUUUGAACAGUUUUUGAACGACUUGAACUUUGACUUGGACCCAAUCAUGAACUUUGAGAUAUGA